UAAUAACGCCGUAUCGACUAUUUGAAGCGGCGAAGUAUGAUUGCAAAUUAUACUCACAAAUACGAGUCUCGCAUUGUUGAUGGCUGGAGUUUAUUAGUCAGUCGCGGAGUGCUCCUCGGACAUUGAUAUUAUGCAGGCCCGCCCUCCAAGCCCGAAUUAAGUCAAGUAUUGAAAUUGUAGCUGUACCCACUUCACUGGAAUGAAUCUCAAACAAUUUCUAUUGAUCCACUCACUGGCCCACGCGCACGGCAUCAUGACUGAGACCAACGAAGAUUUACUCAUGACCGCCGCGCCUAAAGCCCUGGAAACUUCGGUCGCGCACCACGCGCUCGUCGUCUACAACCGCAUCUACUGCUCCGGGUCCUUCAUCGGAAGCAAAGUUGUACUCACCGUGGCUAGCUGCUUUCAGGAGGAAGAGGACUAUACUAUUUACGUCAAGUAUGGAGUUAGAAACUAUAUGGAUAACGGACAGGUUAUUGCUGUGGUUGAAAAAAAAGAACAUGAAUUUUUCCAAUACAAAAGCUACCUAGACAACGAUAUCGCGUUGCUUAUACUCAAGACACACGUCAACUUCGAUUUGGGUCCGAGAAAAAGCGUUUUACUCCAGCCAGGGACUACGGUGCCGAACCUUAGUUUUAUCUCGGUGACGGGGUGGGGAAAGGAAGUUGCAAGAGGUCAAGAAAAUUGUAUUCUUGAAUCAGUUAUGCAACUGAUAGACCAGGAAGAAUGCGUAAAUACCUACUCAGAUGUCGUCACCUCCUCAAUGUUUUGCGCCAAAUACGACUUAAUGAAUCGCCUGAGUGACAACGGGGGCGCAGCCAUAUACAAGGGUAUGAUCAUGGGCAUCUCCUCGUACGGCGCCAAUCUCGAAGACGCGCCUCACAUCGCCUUGUUCACCAACGUUUCCUACUUUUACCAAUGGAUCAAAUUGAAUACUGAGAGGCUGUUAAAGAAACAUUGUUCGCAAGAAGUAGGAGGCGUAGUGCAACUAGUGCAUAAUGCGAUACCAGAUUACUAAAUUGAUAUUAGCUUGUAACGAAGUAUUUGAGAAGUGGUCUGAAG